GUCCACCAGCGCUCCGGUGGAGGAUCGGAAGCGGUCGAGAGGCGUCCGCUUGACCGAUUCACCGAAGAUGGGUCCCGGAGCUUCCUGCUAGUGUCUUACAGGACGCUAAGCCAGUCUCCGCAGGCUUGCCGAAAAAAACGAGCUAUUCGCAGCCGCUGAAUCGUCAAUCAGCCACACCGAUCGCCAUCUGAAGCCAGCAGCCGAGCGAAAGGAGCUGCCGAAGCGCGACGCGCCGAAACGUUUUGGCCGCAGAGCACUGUGCCAUAACACUGUGAGAGCCCACAACAACAAAAACAUGUCCAAUUCCGUCUCCAACCGCCACUUAGCCCCCGAGAUUUAUGCAGCCUCGCGGCGCAUGAAGGGCAAGUCCACAGAAACGGUAGUAGGCGACCUCACUACAAAAACGUUCCACGACCGGCAGCAACAACUCAACCCCCACUCCGUCGUCGGCGCGAACCUCAAGAAGGAGGAGGACGCUUCUUUACACGGAAGGACCGCGCCCGUCCGCGGCAAUCUGUACGGAGACAUGACGGACUCGCCCCUCUACCCGCGCGAGCGCCCCGUGAACACGAGCGGGCACUCGGCGACGCCGCAGAUCCAGUGGCAAUGUGCGCAGGACGCCCAGGGCCGCACGUACUACUACUCGUCGACGGGGCAGACUUCGUGGACGAAGCCGCCCGGUUUUGUGGACCAACCGUCACCGUGGGCGCCCCUCCAGGACUCGACGGGGCGGACCUACUACUACAACGCGGCGACGGGGCAGACGAGCUGGCAGCCGCCGCCCCAACAACAGUACUACGCGCCCCGGUGACCACGGCCCAUUCGGCACCUCUCCUUUCUCCUUUAUUGUUGGCGUCGGCCGGGUGGCUAGGCGGCCUAGCUCUAAGCAAAGCACUUGUAGU